AUGGACCCACUAAUUCCGACCACAGACGGAGACGAAGAUUGGGAGCUUUGCAACGACGAUGGCUUCGUUUACCAACGAAAGAAGCGACGCCGUAUCUCCGACUCAGAGGAGGACGCCGGCGCUGGAGAAAAUUCCAAACCGCCGGAUCCGGAGCUAGAUCCUGCCGUCGAGGAGCGGAAUCGAAGGAUACGGAAGAAGAGAAUACUGUUGAAGCUGAAAAGAAAGUACCAGAAGGAGAUCGAGCAGUGGGAGAUUCUGUCGAAUAGCUUGAAUGCUAUGGAAGCUAGGGCAGAUCGAUCUCAAACGCCGCAGCGAGAAGAGAGGUUAAAUGCGGACGAAACGACUUCGUUUCCAGAGUGUAGUGGUAGAGAAGGAGCUCGAGAGCACGGUGGAGAAGAUGCUUCACCGCCGCCGUCUUUGCUCGACGAAAUUCUCUUUGCGGUAGAAGCACAAGAAGCGGCAAUUCACGAUAUCUCAAACCUGUGCGAAGUUGCAGAAAACAUCUGUAGACUGGAAGAAGAGGAGAAGAAGCAGUCGUUAUUUGAUCUUGCCGUAUGGAGCUCACCGACGGAUCUAAUGGCGUCGCUCUGCGCCGAUUAA